AUGGCGAAUAGUAUAAUAGCAGGAGCGCCGUGGAUAAGAAUCAGGGUUAUCCCUGAAAUUUCAUAUCCUUUUCAACGUUCUUCAUCCUCUCUUUACAACCAAAAAGUCUCUUUCGUUUUUCCAACGAGAAGACUGUUUUCAGUCUCCGCCGUGGCUGGUACUGAGAAAGAACAAGUUAGAGUCCGUUUUGCUCCCUCGCCUACUGGAAAUCUCCAUGUUGGUGGUGCUAGAACUGCACUCUUUAAUUAUCUCUUCGCCAGGUCUAAAGGUGGGAAAUUUGUGUUGAGGAUUGAGGAUACUGACUUGGAGAGGUCGACUAAAGAAUCCGAGGAGGCAGUGCUUCGGGAUCUUUCUUGGCUUGGUCUUGACUGGGAUGAAGGUCCUGGGGUUGGUGGAGACUAUGGUCCAUAUCGACAAUCAGAAAGGAAUUCUCUCUAUAAGCAGCAUGCUGAGAAACUUGUUGAAUCUGGUCACGUUUAUCGUUGCUUCUGUUCUAAUGAGGAACUUGAUCAAAUGAAGGAGAUCGCAAAAUUGAAGCAACUGCCUCCAGUAUACACAGGAAGGUGGGCUAAUGCAACAGAUGAAGAAGUACAUGAAGAGCUGGCGAAGGGAACUCCACACACAUAUAGAUUUCGAGUGCCUAAGGAGGGGCGUUUGACAAUCAAUGAUCUUAUUCGGGGUGAAGUUAGUUGGAAUUAUGACACUCUCGGAGAUUUUGUGAUCAUGAGGAGCAAUGGACAACCUGUGUACAACUUUUGUGUCACUGUUGAUGAUGCUACCAUGGCAAUCUCACAUGUUAUAAGAGCUGAAGAGCAUUUACCAAAUACUCUCAGGCAAGCACUAAUAUACAAGGCCCUUGGAUUCUCCAUGCCUCACUUUGCACAUGUUUCUUUAAUUCUUGCACCUGAUAGGAGUAAAUUAUCAAAAAGACAUGGUGCAACUUCAGUGGGUCAGGUAUCUAUUGGUUACUGCUGCUUGUCUUUGUUUCUUAGGUUAUUGCUUAGGGAGAUGGGUUAUCUGCCCCAGGCAAUGGUGAAUUACUUGGCACUUUUAGGUUGGGGUGAUGGAACAGAAAAUGAAUUUUUUACCCUAGAGCAACUUGGUCAGUGGAUGAAUGGUCAGCAUUUAAGAGCACUUCCAUCAGAGAAGCUGAACAAACUUAUUGGUGAACGCUGGAAAAGCACUGGUUUUCUCGUAGAGUCAGAAGGGCCGUUUAUCGAAGAGGCAGUUCAGCUUCUUAAGGAUGGGAUUGAGUUGGUAACUGAUUCAGACAAAGCGCUCUCAAAUUUGCUGUCUUAUCCCUUACAUGCUACUUUAUCAAGUCCUGAAGGUAAAGCUGUGAUAGAAAAUAAGCUUUCGGAGGUCUCAUCCGGGUUGUUAGCUGCAUAUGACAGUGGUGAACUCCUUAAUGCCCUAGAGGAAGGCCAUUCUGGUUGGCAGAAGUGGGUAAAGAAUUUUGGAAAAGCAAUGAAGCUGAAGGGGAAAUCCCUUUUCAUGCCUCUCCGAGUUUUGCUAACUGGAAAGCUCCACGGUCCUGACAUGGGCUCUAGCAUAAUCCUUCUCCAUAAAGCUGGAACUCAGGACAUUUUUUCUUCUCAAGCUGCGUUUGUGAGAUUGAAUGAGAGGUUUGAAGUACUGAGGGAAAUAGACUGGGAAGCAUUGAAGAAGAAUCAACCUCCAUUGGAACCUGCUGCUGCUAUAUCAGUGAAUUGA